AUGGAAUCAGCAAACAUACCUUUGUACUACCGACACCCUUAUUCUGGAUAUCGGUUCGAAGGUAACACCAACCCUUCAUUUUACCCUGGAGCAAUUUCUACCUUCCCAUCUGAGGAUACCUUUGACGAUGAUAAUCAGAUACCCAGUACCGAAGAGUUUCAAGCCAUUAUCGAUGAUUAUUUGAGCAAUCUUAGUCCUAAAAAAAGAGACAAAGCACUUGUUGAUCAGCAUCGUUACUAUAUGAUACAACAAGUAUUAAAGGAUCCGAGAAAUACGGCUAUAUCUACCGCGCAAUUUCGUUUUUGGGUCAAAAAGAUGUUUCAACUCCAGCCUGGGCCGAAUGAUGUUGUGUGCCACGAUAACAAGCCUGUCGCAAUGAAAGAGAAUAUUUAUGACAUACUUGUGAAAGCACACAGAGAGGCUCAUCACGGCGGACGGGAUAAGACUUCAGCAUUGGUACGAAAGCGAUAUUCUUGGAUACCAAAAGAACUGGUUGCCCGUUUCGUUCGUCACUGCCCUUACUGUAUCACUCGUCGUAAUAGUGGACAUAGCCCUAACCUAGCAACAUCUCCACAUUCAGUACCACAGGCGAGGUACUCCAACAGAAGCAGCUACUGUUUUGAUUCUGGCUCGUCCAUCAUCUACACGCCACCUGCCCUAAAAGAAGAUGGCAGUGAACUGUCAUCAGGCCCACCUUCUUCAGAUGUGAGUUAUGAAGUUAGUCCAAAUUAUGUAUCUAUAUCAACUACCUCAUCCCCGAAAGAGUCCUGCUAUUAUUCCAUGCAUACAAAAGAAGAUGACAGUCAAGUUUUGAUAGGCUGCCACAAUGACCAUUCAUUUCAGUCUGCAGCAUUUGAUAUGAAUAAUUCUACCAUUUAUUUAGAACUGCAGCAACAUCAGCGACAUGAACAACCUUAUUCACUAAAUAUGCAUCCAAACACAAUACAUCCAUUAGGCCAACAAGGUCCACAUUCUUAUCCGCAAACACCCUUAGUCUAUACCCCAUCACAAAGGCACCUCUCUCAUGGUUACCAAGACUAUUACGCACCGGCAACAACAGCAUCCGAUUAUUACUGUAACGGAUUAGGUAUCACUCAUCAUUAUCAUGGAAACUCAUCCCUUUCGUCUUCUGAAACUACUUCUAUUCAUGCCAAUACAGCACCGAAUACAACUACCGUGCAUCCUACCGGUCUAACAACAGACAAUGUUGCCGCUGAAGUUGCCGCGGCUGCAUUUAUGCAUUCCGCAACAAAUAUGGCAAAUGCAGGCUUAUUAUCAUCCAACUCUACCACAUCCCAUGACCGACCGUCUUAUGUUACAUCCAGCUUACCUUCCGCUACAACAACUUAUCAUUUCUAUAAUACGAUCGAUAACGUUCCUGAUGCUGCCAUAACUGACGAAUUUGGAAGAUAUCAUCAUCCUUUAGACUCAAACUACACUAACUGA